GGGGGAAACAACACCAGCAUGUUGAGGUUUCAUUAAGCGUUAUCGGUGUCUGAUGUUGUCUUCUCUAAGUUUAGUUCAUGUUUGCAUCUAACAAAAGAUAUAUUUCAUUUUAUUUUAUUUGAUUGGGUUGGACUUGAGUACAAAUUUUAUUUAUUUUCGAAGCAUUUAUUAGAUUUUCUGUAGUGAUGUCUAUUGAAAUUGAAUCUGCUGAUGUUGUUCGCCUGAUACAACAGUAUCUGAAGGAAGCAAACUUAUUCAAAACCUUACAAACAUUACAGGAAGAGACUGGUGUUUCCUUAAAUACUGUGGACAGUAUUGAUGGAUUUGUUUCCGACAUUAACAACGGACAUUGGGAUACAGUUUUAAAAGCUAUUCAAUCCCUCAAGCUUCCAGAUAGUAAACUGAUAGAUCUUUACGAGCAGGUUGUAUUAGAAUUAAUUGAACUUCGUGAAUUAGGAGCAGCAAGGUCUCUGCUCCGACAGACUGAUCCUAUGAUAGUUAUGAAGCAACAGGAACCGGAUCGUUAUAUAAAUCUUGAAAAUUUACUCGCCAGAUCUUAUUUCGAUCCACGAGAAGCCUACGCUGAAGGACAGUCUAAAGAGAAAAGACGAGCAGCUAUAGCCCAGGCUUUAUCUGGUGAGGUCUCGGUCGUACCAUCUUCGAGGUUGUUAGCUCUAUUAGGGCAAGCACUAAAGUGGCAACAACAUCAAGGACUCUUACCUCCAGGUACGACAAUUGAUUUGUUCCGUGGUAAGGCUGCAAUCAGGGACCAAGACGACGAAAAGUAUCCUACUCAAUUAUCAAAACAAAUUAAAUUCGGUCACAAAUCACACGUUGAAACAUCGUGUUUUUCACCCGAUGGCCAAUAUCUUGUUUCUGGAACAGUUGAUGGGUUCAUUGAAGUUUGGAAUUUCACAACAGGAAAAAUUAGAAAAGAUCUCAAAUAUCAAGCUCAGGAUAACUUCAUGAUGAUGGAAGAAGCUGUGUUAGCUUUGUCUUUCAGCCGAGAUUCGGAAAUGCUUGCUAGUGGCUCCCAGGAUGGUAAAAUUAAAGUUUGGAAAAUAACGACUGGUCAGUGCCUUAGAAAAUUUGAACGAGCUCAUAUGAAAGGGAUAACAUGCCUUCAGUUUUCGAGGGACAACAGCCAAGUCCUCACAGCUUCCUUCGAUACUACAAUUAGGAUACAUGGUCUAAAAUCUGGUAAAUCUUUGAAAGAAUUUCGUGGACAUUCCUCGUUUGUGAACGAUGCUGUAUUUACUGGUGAUGGUCAUCAUGUUAUCAGUGCUUCCUCAGAUGGAACUGUUAAAGUAUGGAGUAUCAAGUCGACUGAAUGUGUCAAUACCUUCAAAUCACUCGGUGCUGGCGAUAUUAGAGUAAACAGUAUACAUUUGCUUCCGAAAAAUCAAGAACACUUUGUUGUUUGCAAUAAAACAAAUACCGUUGUUAUCAUGAAUAUGCAAGGACAGAUUGUGAGGUCAUUCUCCAGCGGUAAAAGAGAAGGAGGUGACUUUGUUUGCGCCACGCUAUCUCCUCGAGGCGAAUGGAUCUACUGCGUCGGUGAAGAUUUGGUGCUUUAUUGCUUUUCUGUCGCUUCAGGAAAACUAGAAAGGACCUUAAAUGUACAUGAAAAAGAUGUUAUUGGUGUUUGUCAUCACCCUCAUCAAAACUUAUUAUGUACUUAUAGUGAAGAUGGAUUACUACGGUUGUGGAAACCUUAGAAAUACAUGUUGUACAUAUCUUGUUUUAUAUGUAUAUUUUUUUUUAUAUAUUGAUUUUAUCUUAUAUUAUAGAUAUAAUUAUGUAAAAUAUUGAUUAUAAUUAAUAUUUGUAUAAAUGUCUUGUAUUAAUGUAGUUUUUGUAAGUAAAUACAAUUUUAUAUAAAAUUUGAACGAAGCGAUGGCUUAUGCAUAUAUAAAUAUAAAUGACCUACAGAGUAUGAAUUUAUAUUUAUACUUUAAUUCAUCUCGAUCUAUUUAGACCUAUUUCUUCUCUUUAAAUGAUACAUUACCUGUAAAUUAUGAAUUAAAUCAGUAACAUCUAAAAAAGGGAA